UUGUUUUGUAGAAAAAAGCUGACCACUGAGGACGAAGACGUUUUGCUGUAUGGCCGUGACACAUUCCUGGGUGACAACGUAAAAGUGGAACCUACAGCAUUCCGCAAGCUGCAGUUCGACGACAUUCUUUUCGAUAGCAGCCACCUUGCUGGCGUCGACCCUGACACGGUGAUGCCUACCUACUGGGUGGCUGUGUGUCGUGAAAACGGUCUGCUUGAGAUCCUGAGUUUGCCUGAUUUCCGGCUCGUUUACAUGGUGAAGAAAUUUCCGCUCGGCUUCAAGACGCUAUUCGAUACUGAUCCUAUUAAACUGGCUCUCGAGCAGGACAAGCCUGACAACAGCUAUCCGUCCGUCCGCGAAUUGAUGCUUGUCGGUCUUGGUGUCAACAAGGGUCGCCCGCAUCUGCUUGCGUUCGUUGACGACGAGUUGCUAGUUUAUGAGGCGUUUCCGUUCUUCGGCGAACGUUUUCAUGAUCAUUUAUGCUUACGAUUCAAGCGUCUCACUCACCAAAAGCUCUUCCAGUCCGGAGGUCUCUCGUCUUCUCUUUCCUUCCAGACGAAACUGCAGUCUCGAGGCGAACGUCGCACUAGUCUCUCGUCGUCUGAAUUCGACACUCCAUUUCGACGCCUGCAUUACUUCGACAACGUUUCUAGUUACAGUGGCAUCUUCAUAUCCGGUCCGUACCCUUAUUGGUGUUUUAUGACUCACCAGGGUAUCCACCGGUUCCACCCGAUGCAACUAGACGGUCGGGUGCUCAGCUUCGCACCAUUCCAUAACAUCAACUGCGAACAUGGCUUCAUAUAUCUGACCGACCGGCACGAGAUGCGCAUCGCUCAACUGCCGGCCUAUUUCAGCUACGACGCAACAUGUCCGGCGCACAAAGUCAAUCUGAAGUGCACGGCUCACUUUGUCGUCUACCUGCUGGACAGUCGCACGUACGCCGUCACCACCAGCACCAAGGUGGCGUGCAAGAAGAUGGUAACAUUGAUUGGCGACGAGAAACAAUUCGAGCCGAUGGAGCACGAAGACGAACAUUUCAUCUACCCGACCAACGAUCAGUUUAAAGGUGAGCUAUAUAUAUAUCAUUUCAUAUAUGUAUAAUA